AAUCUGUUAAUUAGGUCAGCUAUUCUGUACUGGUAGAGCAGGGUGUCCAGUAGCAUGCAAAAUAUGUUGACCCUCAUCUCGAACGUGUUCCGACUGGGCAACGCCAGCAAGAAUGUGGGGGCCAGGAUGGUGGCGUCCACACGCUCCUUCGCUGACUUCACCCCACAGGCCAGCUUUGACAUCAAGAAGUGUGAGCUGCACCGUCUGGAGGAGGGCCCCUCUGAGACAGCGGUGUUGACCAGAGAACAGGGCCUCCAGUACUACAGGACCAUGCAGACCAUGAGACGCAUGGAGCUGAAGGCUGACCAGCUGUACAAGCAGAAGAUCAUCAGAGGCUUCUGCCACCUCUACGACGGACAGGAGGCGUGUGCGAUGGGCAUCGAGGCGGGCAUCAACCCAACAGACCACCUGAUCACGGCAUACCGCGCCCAUGGCUACACCUUCACAAGGGGCGUGUCUGUAAGAGAGAUCUUGGCUGAACUCACAGGUCGUAGAGGGGGUGUGGCCAAGGGUAAAGGUGGUUCUAUGCACAUGUACGCUAAACACUUCUAUGGCGGGAACGGAAUCGUGGGGGCUCAGGUUCCAUUAGGGGCAGGUGUGGCACUAGCCUGUCAGUACCAAGGCAACAACCAGGUGUGCGUGGCGCUGUACGGAGACGGAGCAGCCAACCAGGGCCAGAUCUUUGAGUCGUUCAACAUGGCGGCUCUGUGGAAGCUGCCGUGUAUCUUCAUCUGUGAGAACAACAAGUUUGGCAUGGGGACGUCUGUAGAGAGAUCCUCCGCUAGCACUGACUACUUCAAGAGAGGAGACUAUAUACCUGGAAUCAAGGUGGAUGGCAUGGACGUUCUGUGUGUGAGGGAGGCCAUCAAGUUUGCUGCAGACUACUGCAGAGCUGGGAAGGGUCCUAUUGUGAUGGAGCUGGAGACCUACCGUUACCAUGGACACAGCAUGAGCGACCCCGGGGUUAGCUACCGUUCACGUGAGGAAAUCCAGGAAGUGCGCAGUAAGAGUGACCCCAUAACCAUGCUGAAGGAGCGUAUGCUGUCCAACAACAUGGCUUCUGUGGAGGAGAUCAAGGAGAUAGAUGUAGAGAUCAGGAAGGUGAUCGAGGACGCGGCCCAGUUUGCGAUCUCUGACCCUGAGCCGCCAUUGGACGAGCUCUGCAACCACAUCUUCGCCAACAAUCCACCCAUGGAGGUCCGUGGGACCAACCCCUGGGUCAAACUGAAGUCUGUCAGCUAGACACAUACACACACACACACACACACGGACCAAACUACUGUACAGUCUAUCAGCUACACAUCCCUGUCUACACUCUGCAACCAACCCCUGGGUGAAAGUCUACUCCUCCUGUCCUCGUCUCCCUUCUCUUAUUCCCUCAUGAAUUGUCUCUAAAUGCACUAUAUGAGAGAAGGUCAUGACCCUGUAGGUUAGAGUUCAGUCUGUAGCAGCAAUCCAAACCAGUCUGUCACCUCUGACACUGACAUCACUGGUAUUUAUUGACACUGUAUAGAGUAUAUUAUGUCGUUUUAUAUUGAUGUAUUCUCCUGACACUGAGGGACCACCUGUCUGUAGAUUGGAGGUGUAUGGCUUAGGGCAGGCUUUUGUUCCAGCCUAGCACUAACACACCUGAUUCAAUCAGUCAUCAAGACAUUGAUUAGCUGGAUCUGGUGUGUUCACGCUGGUACUUACUAAGCUUGCACACCCUAGAACUCUCCAGUACCAGGGUUGGCUACCCCUGGAUAAGGGAGUGUGUGUGGGGAUGGUUCUAGGUUAAACCAAGUUCAUCUCCCUGUAAGGUUUCAGACUGUUAGUAUGUAUUACUUCUGACCCAGAUGUUGUUGUAGCACUUUGACUAGAUAGAUAAACUAACGAGAUAUCAUACUGCAAGUCAUUAUGUCAUCAUAGAAAAAGGGACCAUCAAUGGUGGUCUAUUUCUCUCUCUUCCUCUCCUUCUCUAACUUCCUCCCUGGCAUUCAUCCAUCCUUCUUUCCGUGAGGAGAGGAUACUGAUCCAAGCACUAACAGAAGAACUGAAACUGAACGAUUGUAAUACAGUUUGUUGUGAUUUGACUGAAGCAAUAAAAUUG